CCCGUCCCAGAGGACAGUAAGUUUGGCGAAAAGGCUUCUCCUCCUCCUCCUCCAUCUCGCCCGUAUCCAUUUUGGCUCAAGGUCAUUUCGGCUAAGGUUUCGGCCAUCGAGCCGCAGGGCGAUGGUGCUAUGAUGCGUUCGUCGAGCAGACCACGGCUUCCUGCUCGAGACGGCAGGACAUGACCACUCGAGCACGGGGCAGUUACCAACAUCUCCUGCUGGCCGUUGGCGGCAUCUGCGUGUACUGCCUUGGCGUUUUCCAUGGCUCUUCCAGAGGCGUGGCUUCCCUUUCUGCAGAGCAGUAUGGAGAGAUAGCCUCUCAGGCCAUGUUCCCGAUGCAAUCAUUCGUUCCCGACCCGCUGGCGUCAGGCUGCAAUUGGGACAUCGUCUACCACGUGUGGUCGAACGUUAGUGCGACUGCGGGCUCCUGUGAGGAGGCAAAUCCUUUCGUCGAUUGCUGUGGUGAUGGGCAGUGUGCAGGUUUUCUGAGACACUCGAGCCACUGGGGGCAGUGCUACAAGUUUGCCGAGAUGCCUGAUCAGCUGGUGGCGCAUGAGUGGACUCCUGAACCGUUGGAGCUCUUUGAUUCCGCAGCAGUGGCAUCGCAGUGGAGCUUCUACCUGAAGCGUCCCGUCAAGGAGCCUGGCUCUGCGUCCUGGCCGUCGUCGGGAAAGCCUCCCCCCUUCCUCCGCCCCACCCCCGCACCCUCCUCGCCACCCCCCUCCGCUGAAGCUCGCCGCCCGGAGCCGCCGCUCCACACGCGGCCUCUGGAGCAGACCGGCACUGCCGAAGAGGUCCACGUCGUGUUCACCGUGGACUGCCGCCCGUUCAACCUGUGGCAGAGCGAGCUGCUGUUCUUCUCCGCCCUGUCGGCCGGGCAGCCCGGACCUCUGACCGCGAUAGUCUCCGGGUGUAACGAGUCCAUGAGGGACCACCUGCAGGAGCGCCACAGAGCCCUCGCCUGGCCCCCACGGUUCACGCAGUACUUCGUGGAGGCCUUCAAUGACGCGACGUCGAUAUGGCUGAGCAAGCCGCACGGGUUCUACCAGUGGUACAGCAAGGCAGGGCCGUCAAGGGACGUCCUGGCCCUGGUGGACCCAGAUUUUGUCUUCCUGCGCCCUCUCACCGCGAAGCUGAACACGGCCGCGGCGCCCCGCGACUGGGCGGGGCCCGUGCCGACUCGAGUGCAGAAGGGCUUUGUUGUGGGCCAGCGGUACGAAAAUUUGAGGCCACAGUUGGAUAGUACCCUGUAUCACUUUAAUUUCGAGGGGCACAAUAUGAGUGAGGACGAGUUCCUGAGUUGGGUUUGUAGCGGUGACAAGGACGGGGAGACAGGCUGCAGAGGCCUGACACUCUACGAGUUUGGCACUUUUCAUGGCUCUGGGGUGCCCUACAUAGCGCACCGGGAUGACUGGGACUGGCUUGCGCCAGAUUGGAAUAGCAUCAACGCACGGUUGCACAAGUAUGCGCCCAAGGGUUAUUACAUUGAUAUGUGGAGUUGGAGUUUGGUCACUGCUCACAGAGGUCGUCGGCAGUUCAUUCAGGAAAAUCUGAUGCUAUCGUCCGCUGUGGCUUCUUUCGAAGACUGGCAGGCCGUUGAAGCCCUGCGCGUGGACGCGUGCUACACGGACGUCGAGGAGAUCCUUUCGUUCCUCAUACCAGGUCGCUCGCCGCAGCAGGCGCUACCUGGUCAUCAAGCCCCCAAUUUUCUCCACUAUUGUCUCCCCAUCUACGUGCCUUACCCGAGCUUCAAAGACCAGGACGGCGGACGUCUGUGGAGCAAGUACUGGUUCGACUGGGGCGUGGAGAGAGGCAGGCCGCAUGCGCUGGAGCGGUGCAAUGACACUGCGACGCACCCAUGGUUGGUCCAUACCCAGCACUGAAAUGGUUCAAGACGUCACCUCCAAGGCGGGCGCAGCCAAACCAGUCGAUGCCGAUCACGGGUUUCGGGUUUAAGUAGGGUUUAGGGUUUAGGGUUUAGGGUUUAGGGUGUCCUCUGUCAGCGCUUGCUGAUCAUCAGUCGUGUAAGACCACCCCCACCUAUAAAAUGGAGUGGGGGUGGGGUAGUCGUGUUGAGGUGAUAUCAGGUUGAGCGGAAUCAUGUUUCGGCUACGGGGCCAGCUCCCCUUUUCACAUUCCCACCCCGCGCCCGUUAGGGCGGCGAACCACCCACGGCUUUCUCUAUUAGGGUUUAGGGUUCAUUCGGUAAUCGGGGUUCUCUUUCUCUUAGGGCUCCACGAUUCCAAUCGGUUUGGCGAUCUUGCUCAUGGGUUCGACAUACAAUGCUUUGUGUAUCACACACUCUGCUGAGCUGGUCUGUGAAUUCACGUACGGCCGUGAGGUAGUCUGACUGCGAGGUGCCAGUUAGGGCGCUUGCCGCCUAAAUGGGUGGGUGGAUACGGGCCAAGCGGCCCUGGGCGAGUUUAGGGUUUAGGGUAUAUUUAGGAAAGCGGUCCAGGCUUUGUGCCCUGGGCAACCAAUGGCUAGAGACGUCAUGGAGUCGACGGACCCCCUGGACGAGUGAGCUGCGCUUCCUCGAGGGAGGAGGGGUGGAGGAGAGGAGGAGGAGGAGGAGCAGAGCGGCCUUGCCUCCCGAGAGGGCGGCGGCUUCCCAGAAGGGGCCGGCCCCUCUCCACACGGUGCCCCGUGCACUAUCCAGUAGACGGGGAGCCCUCUGCUCGUUUCAUUGUUGGCCCUCUGCCGCCGCCGCCGCCGGUGAUGUAUGGACGAGACGUGGGGCGGUCUGCACCGACGAGGGAUACGGUAAACCCAUAGUGAGGGUGGGCAACCUUCCCAAGGGUGCCCUUGCGCCCUUGCCUCGUCGGUCCAUCCUCGG